CUGAAAUCUCUCAAUCGCUCGCAGCGUCGCCGAGACUAGCAAACAUACUUGCUUCCGGAUAAUGCUCAACAUUCAUCCCAAUAUCCCAUUGACUAAUAGGAAACUCAAUGUGCCAUCCUCGCAAUUCUUCCGACACCGUUGCUACUAGCUACUCCCAGAAGGUGUUAAUUGUGUAUGGGUUGUUUAGCUGGCUAGUGCAUAUAUGCGCGCUAGCUGUUCCCUGGAAAUCAGCUCAAUUCUGGCUAUGCUCGCAGUUUCCGUCCACAUUGAUCAUCGAUCCUCACCGCGGUGUGUACACUCAAAAAUCGGCCAAGCCAGAAGAACGAUACGGUGAUGAUCCGACCGAGUGGAUUUCAUGAACUACUCUUCAUAACUGUGCUGGUGUCUGCCUAGGGGUGGGGUAGCACGGAGAGGGAAGCUCUCCUGUUCCUGGCCCCUUUACCCCUUUAGUCUCUUCUGUGCUGUCGAUCAUGAGUACGGUGUUCUAUUUCUACUGAUAGCUAAGAAUGAAAUGAUGCACAGCGUAUUCUCCUUCUGUCAUCGUCGACCGGCCUGCACAGCAAUUCUCUUCGGCGACCCACUAUCCUCUUUGUGAGUUUCCUAAAUGGGUAUACAAUCACUGUUUCAUGGCGCAUCCUGCAGCGGGGAGAGUCUAUCUCCGCUCGGUAUCAAUGCUGUCCGGUCCGAUGCGGCUACGUUAUC